CUUCGCGCUUCGCGAGCAGUCCGUCGUCCGCCCCGUCCGAGUACCCGAGCCCCGCGCACGGCGGAGGAGAAGGGAAGGGAAGGGCCCAAGUAACAUCUGUGUGUCCCGACGAGAAACGCAACGCAAGUCCGCGCCCGCGCCGCGCAGCUUCGCGAGGCGCCGCGUUCGGUUCGGUUCGGUUCGCUUCAGUUCGGCUGUGUUGUGUUGGUACGCGGAGUGGAGUGACGGGGACGGGGACGAGUGGCGACGGCGACGGCACCGCGACCGUAGUGUACGCCACGGGCUGCGGGACGGGCGACGGGCUUCGCGAGAGUGAAGUUUUGACUUUGAUGCACCGCGCUCCCCGAGGUCCCCGAGGUCCCCGGUCGUAGUGCGAAGUGCCCGCGGCUCCGCGGCCAGGCGAGUGGCGAGUGCGAGUCAUUGAAUUCGGUUCGGAUUCGGGUCACACUUUCAAGGGCCGCCCUUGUCGUAUGUGGAAGUGUGUUGCCAGUGACAACGGUCCAGAAUGAAGUCCGACGCCAACCAGAAGGGGUCCACCUCGGAUCGGACAGUGAAAAACACUCCAUUCCCGCCCAGUCACAAGCUGAGCGUGACGGAAUGCUUCGACCAGCGGACGGGCAAGCCCAAGCCCGACGUGCUCAAGCAGCACUUCUUCGCGGAGGGCCGCAUCGACGAGGCCGCCGCGCUCAAAAUCGUCCACGAGGGCGCCACCCUGCUCAAGUCAGAGAAGACCAUGAUCGAGAUCGAGGCCCCCGUCACAGUAUGCGGAGAUAUUCACGGGCAGUUCUACGACCUGAUGAAGCUCUUUGAGGUGGGCGGCCCACCAGCCACCACCAAGUACCUGUUUCUUGGUGACUAUGUAGACAGAGGGUACUUUAGCAUUGAGUGUGUGUUAUACUUAUGGGCACUGAAGCUUUGCCAUCCAACUACUCUAUUUCUAUUACGAGGAAACCAUGAAUGUAGGCACUUGACAGAAUACUUCACGUUUAAACAAGAAUGUAAAAUAAAAUAUUCAGAAAGAGUUUAUGAUGCCUGUAUGGAUGCUUUCGAUUGCCUGCCACUAGCAGCGCUUAUGAACCAACAAUUCCUCUGUGUUCAUGGUGGCCUUUCUCCAGAGAUUCACGUCCUAGAUGACAUCAGAAGAUUGGACCGGUUUAAGGAGCCUCCUGCCUUUGGACCAAUGUGUGAUUUGUUGUGGUCAGAUCCUUUGGAAGACUUUGGCAAUGAGAAAAACGUAGAGCACUUCACACACAAUAGCGUUCGAGGCUGCUCAUACUUUUACAGUUACGCAGCAUGCUGUGACUUCCUGGCUAACAAUAAUUUGCUCUCAAUAAUCAGAGCUCAUGAAGCCCAAGAUGCAGGGUAUCGGAUGUACCGUAAAAGUCAAGUUACUGGAUUCCCUUCCCUCAUUACUAUAUUUUCUGCACCAAAUUACCUUGAUGUAUACAACAAUAAGGCUGCUGUUUUGAAGUAUGAAAACAAUGUUAUGAACAUCAGGCAAUUUAACUGCUCACCCCAUCCUUACUGGCUUCCAAAUUUCAUGGAUGUAUUCACAUGGUCCCUGCCAUUUGUUGGUGAAAAGGUCACUGAGAUGCUGGUAAAUGUCCUCAGUAUCUGCUCAGAUGAUGAGCUUAUGUCUGAUGGAGACGAAACUCUUGAAGAAGCUGAUGCGAAAGUUAUUUUAAGACCUAAGAGUGCAAACCUAAGGAAAGAAGUAAUUCGCAACAAGAUUCGGGCAAUAGGAAAAAUGGCCAGAGUCUUCUCAGUUCUUAGAGAGGAAAGUGAAAGUGUCCUACAACUUAAAGGUCUCACUCCUACUGGUUCCUUACCUCUUGGAGCGCUAUCAGGUGGUAAAACGUCUCUCAAGAAUGCCUUGCAGGGCUUCUCACCAAAUCACAAAAUUACUUCAUUUGCGGAGGCCAAAGGCUUAGAUGCUAUCAAUGAAAGAAUGCCUCCCCGAAGAGAUGCUUCCCCCACACCAGCUGUUGAAGAAAAGCCGCUGGUUAAGGCUGAUCCCUCCUCUUCAUCUGCUACCCGCUAAGGAGUCGACUAGUGCGUGUGACCGCCUGGUUGAGAUUUUCAAGACCUUCUUAGUCAACCAGGUGGCAUCGUAUCUAACUCAAUUCCCUUGUACUGGUGCCGCCUUUUGCUCUGCUCCACUUCCUCCAAUGCCUGGCAGCGGGCUGUCAGGCAAGGUCCAAGGAGAGCGCUGGACACUCUUUCGACUUUCGACUGCUGUGCAUGUUUUUGUUGUUUAGGACUGCACCAUGAAGACUUAAAUGAAAUAAUUCUGGCAUCACCUUUGUUAGGAUAGCCUUGGGUACUAUGGAGUCAGGAAACUGUGAGGAUCACAAAAGAUUCAUGUCUUGUUUUUAUUAUUGUUAUUCGUUAUGUGUUUGCUAGCUGAAAUCUAUCAGUAGAUUAGGGGAUGGGGGUUACAUGAAAUUGGCUCUACAAUGUUUAUUGGCGCCUUCAUUGAGCCUUUUGCCUCAGUCUUUGACUAUAUGUGUUAAACCUUCCUCUUAAAUUGCUGAUGUCCAAAUAUUGGUGCUCUCAAUGCACAUACCCAAUAUAGGAGUGCCGUAUAAACAUAUGUAAGUCAUAUGAGCCUGAGUUAUUUUUCUGCUGGCAAGAUUUCUUGUGUGUCUGCUUGUGUGGGUGUAAUACUGCAUCAUGUGAACAGGUUUUCCGAAUGCAGGUGGACUGAAUCAAUUACAUUAUUGUUGAUAGUUGUAUUUGUUAUCAGUGAUCUGCUGAAACUCAGUCCAUUCUGCAAAAUGCAACGCAUAGCAAUCAGAACUACCACAUGUGAUAAGUAUGAAUGAUUGUGGGUGUGUGACUUGUGUGCUUGUGAGUCAGACUCUGUGUGCCUGUGUGUAUGUAAGACUGUUAACCAGUCUAAGCAAGACUUCCUGUUUAAUAGUCACCCAUUAUUAGCUUGACUUGUUGAUGAAUCUUGUUUCCUUUAAUGAGAAACUACUAAUAUAUAUCCGAUGUUAUUCGGUUUUGGUGGGAGUUAAUCACUUUGAGUGGUCUUCAAUAAACUUGUUACCUGUAAUUUGUAUGGUCCCCAAAAUGUAUUCAGCAUUGCAAGUUCUUUUCAUGCGCCAUUUAUGUAAUUUUUUGGCAUAACGCUAUGUGAACCUGUGCUCUUGGUCUGAGGUUAUUUGCUUGAUCACCAAUUUUCAUUCUUCAUUUGACCGCUAAAUUUUUCUUGUUCCUGUUAGAGACAUCAAAUUCUGAGAUGGAGAGCCAGCUCAAUUUUGUUCCUAGUCCUCACUUCAGAUUGUGUGGUUUAUCACAUGCUUCCAUUUAAGAUUAUCAGUCCUUUUCUACUCCGUAGUUUUUAUGCCAAACGGAUACUUUUGAAUCUUAUUCUAGAGUAAGGUACGGUGAACAGUCAUGUUGGCAUAUGUGAAAUCAUUCUUGCAUUACUUCCUAUCUGCUCCAGCGUUUGAAAAUGUUUAACUUGCAUCAUAUUUUUCGAUGCAUUGUGCACUUCAUUUGAAGCGAAAGUCAUGAAGUGGUGUAUUUUGUACUCUGGAUUAUCCUCCCUUCUUAUGUGAAGCCUUUGAAUUAAGUUACAAUGCUGGAUUUAUCUGCCUCAAACAUCAAAAAUUGUUCUGAUUUCUGAAGUAAACAGAAGGAAAUGAAUAUUCAAGUGUUUUUCUUCAUGUGAUGACAGCAGAUGUUGUGUUCUUGGUUUUACCCUUAAACAGUUGCUAUAUUUAAAUGAUAAUACAAAGUAAGCACCAUGCACUCUGAAACUAUCUAGUACAGAAAAUUUUCCCAAAUGGUUGAGUAGUGCAAAGUAAUAUUUAAUAAGGUGGGCCAAAACAUGGAAGUCUCAUUAUCCUCCCUUCUAUUGCUAUUGUCUUUGGGUGUAUUUACUACAUGCCUUCAGAAGGAUGACGUGAAUCUAAACAACCUUUCAGUGAAUUAAAUCAAAAUCUUUCUACUUAAUUUAUAUACUGUUUGUUCAGAUAGGUAGAUAUUUUCUCUUUUCUUUCUCUCUCUUUUUUUAAAUUUUUUUUUUUUUUUUUGGUUAAGUUCUAUAUUAUUUUUUAAGAUGACGAUAAUGCUCUGAAUCAGGAAUUGCCAUACUAAGAGAGGUCAGGAUUUCUACCUCUCCAGCAUAUCUUUGGCUGUGAUUUGUAUAAUUUGUGUUUAGCCAUGGUACAAAAACUAUUUCUCUCCCUGACUUUUUUAUAUAAAUGUGUUGUGCCACAGAUCAUUGGCUCUCUUUUAUGUAGAGAAGAAUCCAUUGAUUGUGGUGAAUUUAGGUGAAAUUGUCUUUGAGGUCGGUCUAGUUUUCAAUAGCCGUGAGGUUAUUACUGACCCUCCAAGGUCCUCAUAUGAGCCCAUCAACAUAGUCAUGAAGGUAUGCAUGCAUAGGAACCCUCUUCAUCUUCAUAUGUAAACAAUACCCCUUAAUUGUAGUUAAUAUCAUUUCAUAGCAUGUUUUGAGUCCCUUUAUAGUAGCUUCUGAACCUUGAACUGUAUUAACUAUCCUAAGUAAUAAUGAACGCAAUACCUCAUUCCUUCUAUUUGAGCUUUACAAUUUGUUCAGUACUUAACUUGACGAAUACUUGACUGUAGGUGGUUUCACACUGCCCCAUGUAUCAAAACGAAAAUUCACUUAAAAGAUCAUUCAUUUUGACUGCUGGCAGUUCUUAUCUUCCUCUAGAAUCCUGAAUGGUCCCAUUAUAAGCUUAGAAAGGCACUGAGAACUGGAACGGAUAUUGAAACAAUGAAUCCUCAUAAUAUGAAGCAAGUCAAGCCUCACUAAGUUAGUAACUUUCAUGAAGCUUGUACUUUGGAUGUGAAGAAAGUCUCUUCACCUACCAAAAUACCCUUUGACUGGAGAUAAAUGCUCUUGGGAUCUAAGAACUAGAUGAGUGAUGUGACUUUGCCAUUCACAUCUCCUUUCUAACUAGCACAAUUUGUUAAACUUUUUGUGGUUUGUUGAACAGAGCAGCGUUAUUCUUACAGUGUCUGCUCAUGAGUUAUGAAUUCUGUCUGUCAAUUUAUUAAUUGCAAUUUACCUGGAGGUGUCAAAUGUGCACAAUUUACUAGUGUGGUGUUUGAUGCCAUCUUGCUGAGCUCUCUUUCAGGUAUAAAAUAUUUGAAGCAGAAUUAGCAAUCCUGAUCCUUGAUGAAGAAGGCCAAAUGGUGAUUUAUGGUCCAUGUGGCUUAGAAUGAGAGAAACACACACUAUCUGUGUAGACAGACUUGUGAGACGAUUUGCCGUGAGAAUAGCUCAAAACUCAGUUCUGUGUAAAUUAUACCAUCUGUUGAUGUUCUUGACUUUCAUGUUGGAUUGAUAUGGUAUUUUAUGGUUUGUAUCUAUGUAUUCAUAGGGAAAGCAUCAUAUUGUUUGUUUUUUCAUGCUUGGCACCUUUUUUACCAUGUCUUGCUAGUUUCUUUUUCUAAAUACCUGUAAUACUAUAUCCACAAUCUAAUUAUAUUCAACUACAUAUAUCUAUACUAUUUUGUAAGUAACCCUUUCGAUAAUAAAAGUGAAGUAAUUACCAGAGGAGUUCUGUGUCAUCCAGCCUUGGUUUUCUCUCUGAUAAUUAUCUGAAUUUGCAAGAGCCAUUUGUUCAAUUUUAAUAGUAGCCACUCUCCGCCAAGUAGUGUAUGUAAUAUCAUAGACUCUCAUUACUUUAAAAAAUCAUCAAAGGUCAAUCUGACAUGAAAACUGAAUUAUUCAGAGGCAAAAGUCAUACAAUUUUCCAUUAUCAAAUAAAUCUUGAGUUGAACGUUAUGCAGAUAAUACCCCUAUGGCAAGAAAGGUAAUAACGGAGGCUGCAGACCUGUAAUUUUUCAAUGUAGGCCAUCAGUACAAAGUGCACCUUUGUUAAUUGGAGUAUUAACUUAAAUUUGUAAAUGCAUGUUUCAUAACGGGGACUUGCCCUCAUGCUGAAAAUGGCCAACUCAUGGUGUCUUAAUCUUGCUUAUACUAUGGUGUGUGUUAUGACAGCACACAAACAUUUAUCCUAUUGUUAAUGAUUCUUAAUGCAAUAAUAAUAACAAAGAGGAUAUUAUACAAAAAAAAUCUUAUUUUUUAUUAUAAUGCAUUUACUCUUGUCUUAAAAACAAAAAUAAAUUCCUGUUGUGCACA